CCCAAUCUUCUCUCUCUAGAUUUUGGACGGCAAACCGCCGCCCGUGUAGAGGUGUGUGCGUGUGACGAAAAAUUAUGGAUGAAAUACUGGGGAAGCGGGGUUUGAAGUCUUUCGUUCGUCACACACACAUGCAUUUACCAGUGGAUAUCGCAGCACCGAGUCUACCCAUCUCUCUCGAUCCACCAUGAUUUUUCUGCUAUCGCGCUCAUCCGGGUGUUAGGCAUCCUCAGUCUGUCCAGAACUUUCCCUAUGGAAGAAUGUACUGAAGUGAGGUGCGAUUUCUUGUGCGACGUACUUUGCUCGUCUACUGUUGCGAACGCGACAAUCCAGAUUUUUUAUAUUUCUUUCUAACCAUAAAAUAGAAUAAAAUAUGAUAGUUCAAACAUACUCGAGAACAGACGUACCAUCAAGGAGACAAACUUAAUGUAAUCCUAAACCCUUCAAGUAGGGCCAUCUGGGUAUUUUGACUUGCAUUUUUUAGCAGUCAAUUACUUCAAUUCGUUUCGAACCUAUAACGAUUAACUUAGGAUUACAGCAUGCAUGUGUGUCAAGCUAGACCAACUCCGAGAAGCGUAGGAAAAUUCCACAUCCACUUUUCUCACGGCCGUAAAAUCGUUAAACCUAAAAAUCUCUCAAACAUAGAUGCGUUAAUAACAUGAACCAGAUAAGAUUUCGAAAGGCAAUAAGUUCAAGUAUUUGUCAAUGAUGCGAUACAUCCGGAACAUGCACCACUGAAGUCAAGUGUUAGGUACAGUUACGCCAAAAAGGGAAAACCACAACGCCUGCAAUCAAUGCAACAAUUUGUUCUCACCAGAGAAAGCAAUAAAAAAAGGGAUCACAUUUCCUUCAGGAUCGCUUGACAUAAAACAGCACACCAGAACCAGAAAACCUCCUAGGAGAAUGCGUAGGCGUGGCAAAAAGGAAAGGGCUAGCGACACGAACAUAUGCGAAAAAGGAAGAGAAAAUAACCUUCCCAAAAUAGAACUUGAAGAAAUUAGUAUAUAAGAAUUCAUUUUGAAUCUGAAUAAACACUUACAAUUCUGACGCCUAACUGUGCACCCGUGUACAGAGUUUUUUUGUCUGAACCGAUCAACUAACCUUCCGCGACUUCGCGAAUUUCAUAUCCGAAAUUAAUAAUGGUGGCUCCAGAGAGGAGUAGUGUAAAGAAAUAGGAAAACUCCAAAACUUUAUUUUUUUAUAUCUACUCCAGUGAACGAAGUGAACAAAAAAGUUAGUGAAUGAGUUUACACAAAAGGGUGUUAAAUUGUAACGUCAAAUCGUAUUUCUUACCGUUCUUGUGAAAGAACAAUUUCCUCCUCGUCCGUUAAACUCGUUAAUUAAACAAAACAAAAAAAAACUCGUAAUCUGAACCAGCAGUGUUUGUUUAUCAAAUUACUGAACAAUUGUGCUUGUAAUAAUUCAUCACAGCGCAGCCAAGGUCCAGACAAGGAGAACGUCACCCUGCGUCACUUCAAAAGGAAAUAAAGGAACUUAUCCAGAUUCUAAUUCGAUGAAACCCGGUACCUGGCUAAAGGGACGAGUAAUAGAAUUACAACCCGGCAAGGACGGACAAAUACGAUCUGUUAAAAUAAAAACAGCACAAGGUAUAUAUUGUCGUCCAGUUACAGGAGUAGCAAUCCUUGACGUUUAUAAACAAGAAAAUCUUAAGACUUCAAUAGACAAUUCCGCCAAAACACCUGAAUUUGUAGGUAUCAUGCAUGAACGAAACCCUAAAAAACCAUUAAGUACCUGUCAUAAUCAGGUAAAUGAAAACAAGAAAAACGAUCGCGAUGUUAAAUCUUUUAAACGUCCUUAUAAUGAUUUACCACCAAACGACACGCGCGUUUCAGACUCUAAACGAGGGCCGGGAUCGGAAAAGAAAUUAACGGGGAAUACCAUCAAAAAAUUUAACAAUAUUGUCAUUACUCUACUAAUGAUUUUAUUUCUUUCAGCUGAAGCAAUAGGGGAAUCAUCAAGGGGUUUGAUAGCGUAUGACUGCGCUAAUAAUGACAUAAACAUUACUAGCUACUCCCUUAUGGACGUAGCAUCAUGUAUCCCACCGGCCAAAAAUGUAACGACAAAAGAAAUACGCAUUCAAGUACUACAAAGAAGUCCGAAAACUAUAGUACAUGUUAGUCAAUGCAAAGUAAUAAUCAAACGCUCAAUUCGACAUUGUGGCGCCUUUUCUCACACUUCUGAUUAUGAAUACGGGUACGCGUACAUCAUAAAGGAAUUUACACCAGUAGAAUGUAAAUUAGCUCAAACGUUAGGAGAAGUUUCUAUAUCUAUCAAUGCCAAGGUCAGGGAACUGCGUCGUAAUCACACCACCAGAGGGGAAGCACUCAUCGUCGGCAGCGUCACGGGAACCAAAUGCAGCGGCGGAACUUACCGGACAUCGAGCUACACCUGGGAAAGCGCAUUGGUAUAUUACGAAUAUGAAAUCGGAAUGUACGAUUACGUAGCCACGGCGGACAUCGAAAACGACCAGGUAACGCUGCGUAACGGGAUCAUCUGCAAAUAUACGACGGGUUGGUGUCUAGAUGCGGAAUACGGCUACCUUACGUGGAGUGUCGACUUGUCAAGACAAUGCGAGCGCAACGACUUUGAAAUAAUCUACGAAGGUACUGUAAACAAAACCUUUGAUCAAAAUACUGACGUCAAAACACGAGCUAACGCAGUCUACACCUUAAUAUCGAAAGAGCAUAUGUUUUCAAUAAGGGCUCUCGAUGCUACUCAAAUAUGCGGCUUUAAUAGCUACGUAACCGAUCACCCAAAGAUUUUCAUUCUUGAGUUACAAGGAUAUCAAUCGCCUUUCAAACGCAGAGCAAUCGAUGGAAAAAAUCUCGACUUGUUCACCUAUUUCAACUCAAAAAUCACGCUAGUAGAAAACUAUCUCGGUCAAAAGUUGAACGAUGUGUACACUACAGUUAUGACCGAAAUGUGCAAACUAGAUAAAGCACUUUUGGAGACCAAAUUAACACUUGCUCGCCUAAAUCCAAGUGAAUUCGUCAAGAAUCUCGUUAAACGUCCUGGGUACACAGCAGUCGUAGCAGCCGAAGUACUAUACAUUCUGGAAUGCAAACCGGUCUACGUCACUUAUGACAGCAAAGAAGAUUGCUAUCAAGAAAUUCCAGUGAAGUACAAUAAUCGCUCUAUGUUUAUGGCUCCAGUUACACGAAUGCUACAACUAAGAGGCACGCAAAUAGACUGCACACCAUUACUACCAGCGAAAUUUACAAUUGGUGGUAGGUGGUAUACUACAGAUCAUCGUUUGAGAGAAACGACAGCCCCACAACAACUGACCACCGAUAUCGUAACCAAUUGGGCAUACACUCCCUUACCAAGUCUAAUGAAGAGUGGAGUGUACGAUGCCGAAAGUCUCCAAAAGAUGAAGAACUUAGUGUACGAACAAGGUGAUAAGAAAAUAGCAUCUUCAGUCUUGUACAAGAUGAUCGCCGGUCAACAUCCUAAUCUACAAGGAUUUACCUUUGACGCACUCAUAUCAGAAAAGGUAAUUCAUAAUGCAUUUCAAAAAUAUUGGUCGAAACUGGUAUCAUGGUCCACGUGGAUCGGAAACAUUACAUCUACAGCCAUAGGUAUCUAUGUAUUUGGCAGAGCAGUCAAAUUCAUUAUGGAUACAAUAAUCCAUGGCAGAAUUCUAUUCGAAAUCUACGGAGUAGGAUGGCAGUUGCUAGCAUCCUUUUGGGAUUCCUUGACUAAUCUGCUAUCUCAUCGCGGCCAUCGGAGACAACAAGAAAAUGUAGCACCACAGCCGGCGUACAAUCAAAACCACACUAUCGAUGAACCAAACACAGACCAGAACCCGCCAGCAUUCUCAUCACCCGUAGUAGAGCAAAGAAUACAUCGUACUCUACCAAUGUUCCUGUAUCCGCGAUACAACAACAUCCCAACAACAAUAGACCACGAGAUGACUACAGCAUGCGCACCGCCUUCACAGCAACCGCUCAUCGGGCAGCAAGACGGUGAUUACGAACGCAAGUAACACAAAUAUAGUAGGUUUAUACAUUUUAUAUUUUUUUUUAUCUCUGCUUUAUAAUCUCCUAAAUUCUAUCAUAGAAAAUGUCGCGUUAUUUUGUAAAACUUGUAGUUUUACGAGGGCCGGUAUGUUGCGAACGCGACAAUCCAGAUUUUUUAUAUUUCUUUCUAACCAUAAAAUAGAAUAAAAUAUGAUAGUUCAAACAUACUCGAGAACAGACGUACCAUCAAGGAGACAAACUUAAUGUAAUCCUAAACCCUUCAAGUAGGGCCAUCUGGGUAUUUUGACUUGCAUUUUUUAGCAGUCAAUUACUUCAAUUCGUUUCGAACCUAUAACGAUUAACUUAGGAUUACAGCAUGCAUGUGUGCCAAGCUAGACCAACUCCGAGAAGCGUAGGAAAAUUCCACAUCCACUUUUCUCACGGCCGUAAAAUCGUUAAACCUAAAAAUCUCUCAAACAUAGAUGCGUUAAUAACAUGAACCAGAUAAGAUUUCGAAAGGCAAUAAGUUCAAGUAUUUGUCAAUGAUGCGAUACAUCCGGAACAUGCACCACUGAAGUCAAGUGUUAGGUACAGUUACGCCAAAAAGGGAAAACCACAACGCCUGCAAUCAAUGCAACAAUUUGUUCUCACCAGAGAAAGCAAUAAAAAAAGGGAUCACAUUUCCUUCAGGAUCGCUUGACAUAAAACAGCACACCAGAACCAGAAAACCUCCUAGGAGAAUGCGUAGGCGUGGCAAAAAGGAAAGGGCUAGCGACACGAACAUAUGCGAAAAAGGAAGAGAAAAUAACCUUCCCAAAAUAGAACUUGAAGAAAUUAGUAUAUAAGAAUUCAUUUUGAAUCUGAAUAAACACUUACAAUUCUGACGCCUAACUGUGCACCCGUGUACAGAGUUUUUUUGUCUGAACCGAUCAACUAACCUUCCGCGACUUCGCGAAUUUCAUAUCCGAAACUAAUAUCUACGUUUUGGGCCGUGUUCCUUCUUCUUCAGUUAUGGAAUGAUUUAUCCUAGCAAAUUGUUGAGGUAAGUUUCUUGCUGUGUGCUUGUGCAGGUACAUUCAACUAACCCUUUGCGUCUAAAGUUACAGAUGUAUGCGCUAUUUAUCAACUGCUAGCCUCGUCAACAAUCUUCAAAGUGAGCGACGCAAAGAAAAUGUUUUCCAGUUUUAAAAUAUUAAGCCCCCGGUGAGGACGUCAUUACUUAACAGAAGCCGGCUCAACACGCGCAGCUCCUGUUCAUGACGUCAUCACUAAACUGAAGUCAGCUGAACACGCGCCGCACGGAUGGUGCCCCGAGCGCGGUAGGAGGAAGGAAGAACGAGAGGAGGAAGAACGGUAACGGGGGAAAGCGUUCUGCCGUCUACA